AAGAAUCUGUGACUCUUGCAAGCAUAUCAACAACGUAACCCACAAAUCAAAAAAACGCAAAAAGAGCGAGAGAUGCUUGUGCUAGGCCAAGCUCCAAGCGGAGCUCUAUCAGCCAAGAGAUGUUCCCUCUCUUCCCCUCCCAUUCCCAAAUUCAGUAAGCCAAAUCCUCUUCUCUUCUCCAACCGCAAACCCAGAUUCAGUCACAGACCCCUCUUGAAUCUUACUCUCGCAACCAAACAGGAUAUCUCUAGCUCCUCCUCCACCACCCCUCCCCCUCUUCAGAAUGACGAAGAAACUGUUUUCGUGGGUCAGGAAAAUGUUCCUUUGGAGGGCGUUAUCCAAUUCGACAAACCCGCUUCUUCUUCUUCUCGUUUGAACAAAUGGGGUUGGGUGGCUUUGCUCGCUGGUGGGGAUGUUAUGGCCUUGCUUUUGUUCGCUGCAAUUGGGAGGUUCAGUCACGGCUUCUCAGUUUUUGACACUGAGACCCUGCGCACAGCCGACCCUUUUAUUGCCGGGUGGUUUUUGGGUGGUUACUUCCUCGGAGGUUAUGCGGAGGAUGGCCGUGGAAUGAAUGGCCUUUCAAAGGCUCUCAUUGCUACUUCUAAGUCGUGGGCUCUGGGAAUUCCGCUAGGAAUAAUUAUCAGGGCAGUAACGUCAGGCCAUUUUCCACCAUAUAAAUUUAUAUUAGUAACAAUGGGAAGUACUGCUGUUUUACUUAUUGGAUGGAGAUCAAUAUUGUACAACAUUCUUCCCAAUGAUAAGAGCAAGAAGAGUGAUGUAUAUCGCCGUGGCAGCCCAUUUGAACUAUUUGAGUUGCUCAUGUCAUUAGUACGGAGGUGGUGACGAUGAAAGCCAUUUCUUUUGUUCUUGUACCAUAUUGUCAUACACCUAGACAUCAGUUUCUUUCGGUUCUUCUCCGACUCUUGUACUUAUCUGCUGUAAUGUAACAAGUGAGCAAUAUCUUGAAUAGAUAUGUGUUAAGUACAAAUUUUGAUUUCUACUUAUCAAAAAAAAAAAAAAAAAGUACGAAUUUUGAUUUCUCAAA